CUUUCAACCAAUCGUUGAUGGAUAUAUCAUAGUUAGCUCAGGUUGGUGGCUUCGUCUUCCUCGAUGAGUUCUGCAUCUGUAAUCUCUCACUAACAUUCGUUCCGUCGUCGAAUUCAUUUUUCCCGAGAAAAGUCUCUUCCUUUUUUUUCUCUCUCUUCUCCAGAAACCGAAAAAGAUUAGAUUUUUUUUCGUGAUUGGGUUUAAAAACUAUGCAUAGAUCUGGCACAACAAUGGCGUGGAACGUAUUCAAAUUCUGCACAGCUCUACGUGGACUAGGAUCGAUCAUGAUCCUUCUGGUCUUAGGGAUCGUUGGUGUGACCUAUUACGCCGUCGUUUGGACCAAUUACGGUCCCGCAUUAUUAUCAUCUGGAGGGCUCGCUUCUCUCGCAGCUCUCGCCGUUAUACUCAUGUUUCAUUUCUUGUUGGGGAUGGUUUUGUGGAGCUACUUCUCUGUUGUGUUUACUGAUCCUGGAGCUGUGCCUCCUAAUUGGAGGCCAGGUUCAGACGAAGAAGAGCAACAGGGGGAGUGUGAUCCGUUGAAUAGUUUGGAGUUUGGCGGGUUACAGUCGAACCAACGAACUCGGUUCUGUAGGAAAUGCAAUCAGCAUAAGCCUCCUCGCUGCCAUCAUUGCUCUGUUUGUGGUCGGUGUGUGUUGAAAAUGGACCACCAUUGUGUUUGGGUUGUUAACUGUGUUGGGGCCCUUAACUACAAGUAUUUUCUUCUCUUCUUGCUUUACACCUUUUUGGAAACAACUCUUGUGACUUUACUUCUCAUGCCACAAUUCAUAGCCUUCUUUAGUGAGGAAGAGAUACCUGGAACUCCAGGCACCCUUGCUACUACUUUUCUUGCAUUUGUUCUAAACCUGGCAUUUGCUUUAAGCGUUAUGGGUUUCUUAAUCAUGCACAUCUCCCUCGUUGCUGCUAAUACCACAACUAUAGAGGCGUAUGAGAAGAAAACAAGCCCGAAAUGGCCUUAUGACCUUGGUCGAAAGAAGAACUUUGAACAAGUGUUUGGUACGGAUAAGAAGUAUUGGUUGAUUCCAGCCUACUCAGAAGAAGAUUUAAGACGAAUGCCUGAACUUCAAGGACUCGAGUACCCGUCAAAACCUGACUUUGAUUCUCAAGAUUUCUGAAGAAAAGGAAGGCUGUAACAAUACCUUAGAGAUGACAGAGAUAGAGAAGAUGUUAUGUAAAGAGUUCCACGCCAUUGAAGAAAGCCGAGACUAAAAGGCCUCCUAAUCCUAAGUCAUACGACUAGAUGUUCUUCUUCUUCUUCUUUCAUGAGUAGAUAUCAUAUGAUCUCUAGUUAUAAAUGUAGAGCCAAAGUCUCACGUUGAUAACAAUCUUUACUGAUCUUUCUGAAUAGUCAAAAUCCCUUUUGUUGA